GAGGGGCGCCGGGCCCGGGACGGGCCAGGCCGGACAGAGCGGGGCCAGAGGUACGGACAGGCCCGGAGGGAGCGAGGACAAGGCUGCAGCAGCUCCAGGAGGUGCCAGAGCGGCGGCAGGAGCAGCUGAUCCUUGGCACGAGGUUUGGAAGCUCUGGCCAUGGAGCAGAAGGGCUAUCGUCGGGGCAGCUUCCAGAGUGCCACCAGUGAUGAGGACAUGCUGGAAGUAGCUGGAGCAUCCCUGGAUUUCUCCAUGACAGAUGAUGAUCCACCACUGGACAGGGAGAUGGGAGCAGGCUUUUCCUCAUAUAAUGGAGGAGGGAUGAAUGGCACGAGCACCAUGAUGGAUUUCCUGGAGGAGCCUCUCCCUGGUGUGGGCACCUACGAAGAUUUUAACACCAUAGACUGGGUGCGAGAGAAAUCCAGGGAUCGAGACAGGCACAGGGAGAUCACCAACAGGAGCAAGGAAUCCACAUGGGCACUGCUGCACAGCGUGAGCGACGCCUUCUCUGGCUGGCUCUUGAUGCUCCUCGUUGGUUUGUUGGCAGGUUCCUUGGCAGGUCUGAUCGACAUCUCUGCCCACUGGAUGACAGAUUUGAAGGAAGGAGUGUGCUUGGCAGGGUUCUGGUUCAACCACGAGCACUGCUGCUGGAAAUCCAACACCACCUUCACCGACAGGGACAAGUGUCCUGAGUGGAAGAGCUGGUCCCAGCUCAUCCUUGGCCAUGGAGAGGGGGCCUUUGCAUAUAUCCUCAACUACUUCAUGUACGUCAUCUGGGCCUUGAUGUUCUCCCUCCUUGCUGUGCUCCUGGUGAAGGGCUUUGCUCCCUAUGCCUGUGGCUCAGGGAUCCCAGAGAUCAAAACUAUCUUAAGUGGUUUCAUCAUUAGAGGCUACCUGGGCAAGUGGACGCUGGUCAUCAAAACCAUCACGCUAGUGCUGGCUGUGUCCUCGGGGCUGAGCCUGGGCAAGGAGGGGCCGCUGGUGCACGUGGCCUGCUGCUGUGGGAACAUCCUGUGCCACCUCUUCACCAAGUACCGCAAGAACGAGGCCAAGCGCCGUGAGGUGCUGUCAGCAGCUGCUGCCGCCGGCGUGUCUGUGGCUUUUGGAGCUCCCAUUGGAGGAGUGCUCUUCAGCCUGGAGGAGGUGAGUUACUACUUCCCUCUGAAGACCCUGUGGCGCUCCUUCUUUGCCGCGCUGGUCGCCGCCUUCACCCUGCGCUCCAUCAACCCCUUCGGCAACAGCCGUCUUGUGCUGUUCUACGUGGAGUUCCACAUGCCAUGGCACCUGCUGGAGCUGGUGCCCUUCAUCCUGCUGGGGAUCUUUGGGGGGCUCUGGGGAGCUUUCUUCAUCCGCAGCAACAUCGCCUGGUGCAGGCGGCGCAAGACAACGCGACUGGGCAAGUACCCGGUGCUGGAGGUGCUGGUGGUCACGGCCAUCACGGCCAUCCUGGCCUUCCCCAACGAGUACACCAGGAUGAGCACCAGCGAGCUCAUCUCUGAGCUCUUCAAUGACUGUGGCAUCCUGGACUCUUCCAAGCUCUGUGAGUACGUGAACGAUUUCAACAGCACCAAGGGUGACGAUUUGCCCGACCGUGCCGCCGGCCCCGGUGUCUACACGGCCAUGUGGCAGCUGGCACUGGCCCUCAUCAUGAAGGUCUUCAUCACCAUCUUCACCUUUGGCAUGAAGGUGCCCUCGGGGCUCUUCAUCCCCAGUAUGGCUGUGGGGGCGAUUGCAGGCCGGCUGCUGGGGGUGGCUGUGGAGCAGCUGGCCUUUUACCACCAUGACUGGGCCAUCUUCAGUGGCUGGUGCAGCCCUGGGGCCGACUGCAUCACCCCUGGCCUCUACGCCAUGGUGGGCGCUGCUGCGUGUCUGGGGGGCGUGACCCGCAUGACCGUGUCGCUGGUGGUCAUCAUGUUCGAGCUCACCGGGGGGCUGGAGUACAUCGUGCCUCUGAUGGCCGCAGCCAUGACCAGCAAGUGGGUGGCCGACGCCAUCGGGCGUGAGGGCAUUUACGACGCGCACAUCCGUCUGAACGGGUACCCGUUCCUGGAGGCCAAGGAGGAGUUCUCGCACAAGACGCGCGCCAUGGACGUGAUGCGGCCGCGCAAGAGCGACCCCGCACUCACGGUCAUCACGCAGGACACCAUGACCGUGGAGGACGUGGAGGCCAUCGUCAGCAGCACCACCUACAGCGGCUACCCCGUGGUGGUGUCCCGCGCGUCCCAGCGCCUCGUGGGCUUCGUGCUCAGGAGGGACCUCAUCAUCUCCAUCGAAAACGCCCGGAAGAAGCAGGAUGGGAUCGUGAGCACCUCAGUUAUUUGUUUCACUGACUACUGUCCCCCACUUCCUCCGAGCUCCCCAUCUGUGCUGAAGCUCAGGAGCAUCCUGGACCUGAGUCCCUUCACAGUGACGGACGAGACGCCCAUGGAGAUCGUGGUGGACAUUUUCCGCAAGCUGGGGCUGCGCCAGUGCCUGGUCACUCACAACGGGAAGCUGCUGGGGAUCAUUACCAAAAAGGAUGUACUAAAGCACAUUGCACAGAUGGCCAACCAGGACCCUGAGUCCAUCCUCUUCAACUAGAGGCAGACUGGAGGGACUGUGUCCCACACACCUGGACCUUUCUAGCCCAUCCUGGGUAGACUUUCCUAUUUUUAUUGAGACCAUGGAACUGUUUCCAGUGUUUUCCUCCAUGGAACUGAAGAAGAUAUUUUUUUUUUGUACCAGAUAACCAAUUGCACUAUGGAGUCUGUGGAACAUGAUCUUCUUUUUAGAAGGAAAAAGAGACUUUAUUUACAUUGCUUUUGUGAAGUUGCGUUGGAAAGAUUCCAUGAAGGAGUAAAAGCAAAAUGUUAGAGAAUUG